UUUAUAGCACAGGCUUUAUAUUAUAUUAUAUGAGAUAUAUGAUUUUUAACGAAGGUAGAAGGUUAUUUAAAAAGAAAAUGAUCGAUUUCGCAUGGCAUGACCUACAUAUUUAACGACGCAAUCUUUUAAAUUUGGCGCGGUGCAUAUAUGUACAUUACAUAAUCUCAUAUACCCAUUAUUACCACUGCGCAUGCGCGUAUCCCAUAACAACGAAUUCCGCUGCAUACGAAACAUACGAUGCGUGUUAAUCCAUAAGGAUAGAAGUGAUCAGAGUGGCCAUUCGUUUUAUUAAGUAGAUUAUAAUUGUGACACAAAGAAAAAUAUUAUUCCAGUUUAUAAAAUAAUGUCAGUGGAAGGGCAGUUUUUCUUAUCUGUUACAGGCUCAAUUGAAUAUGCAGAAUUCUACAAUGCCGAUAAUGCAUAUUGCAAGUACGGGUUUCAUUUCGGAUCCGAAUGGAGCGUUGUGGCAGGAAUCGAAGAGGGUCUGACACAAAUGUGCAAACGCAGUAAUGAUCCUAGAAAUCUUAUUGUUUGGAACUUCCCAUUGGAAAUUACUUUCAAAAGUACAAAUCCACAUGGAUGGCCACAGCUGAUAAUGUCUAUUUACGGAUUAGAUAUGUUCGAUCAUGAUGUUAUUGAAGGUUACGGUGUAUGUUAUCUGCCUCUUACAACGGGACAUCAUGAAAAAAAAGUUUUCAUUUAUGUGCCUCAAUCGUCUUCCACGUUGCAACAAUUUGCCGCUUGGUUGACAGGAAGAAGACCUGAGUUAAUUGAUCCAGCUAUAUUGGCCAGUGGUGGUGGACGAGAAUUGACCCGCAUGAAGGUUCAAGGACACGUUACCCUGACGUUCAACGUCGUACUGAAAGAUUUUCUGAAGCUGGGCUAUAAUAAUGGAGAAAAUAAGGGAAAAUAAGCAUUAUUUUUUUUUUUUCGUUUCACAUCUUUUUUCAAAGACGAUGCAUUGCCUUUUUUAUUUAUUUAUUUAUUUAUUUUUAUUGUUUUAUUACUACAUUUUUCUCUAUUAACGCGUCUCAUCUGAUAUUUCCAUUUCGUUUCAUUUCAUUUUUCUCGUCAUAAAUUUUUAUUAAAUUCUACUUGUACACUUAUUAUAAUAUUUGUUACGCUUUUUGAUCUGUCUAUGCGUUCGUACUAAAUGAAACGCUAUAUCUUUGUGCCUUUCUAUCGUUAUUUUCUUAUUGUUAGACUUUGAUCUUUCUCAUGAACGUGACUUUCUAAUAACUUUCAGUUAAAUUUAAUCAUCUCAAUUUUUAUUAAAAAAUAUAACUGUUUCUGCACGGUUUAAUUCGUUUGAAUAAAAGGAACGGAUAAUUAAUUCCAUCAAAAGAGAUUAAAAUUCCAUGAUUGGUUAUGAAAAUAGUAGCUACAGCGAUGUUAACAGAGAAAUAGGAUUAAAUAAUGAAAUAUAGUGAUCUCUUGUUAUUCCGGUGAAGGUAUAUCGGCACAUAAUCAUGCAAAAUUUCUUCAUUAAUAUUCAUAUACUUAAGUAAAACAUAAGUGGUUAUGGUACUUUAACGUUACACUUAUAGCUUCCUAAAAAAGUUUUUAAGGCAAAACGAUCUGGUUAUUACAAUGACAAGUAUAUCACAAUGACAUUUUGACAAAAGUAGAAACUGCCAUGAUAGCGUAGUGGAAUUAAAGGAGAUUAUCAUUGAGGUUGUAGGAAACUAGGGAAUUACUCUCAUGGGACAUUUGUUAUCUCACCUCUCAAUGUUUACGUACCGUUGUGUUUACCGUUAUCUUUACGUUUACAUAUGGGUAUAAUGGAUAUGAAUGAGGAGUAUGAGAUGUGAAAAAGAUAAACGUUCAUUAAAGUUUAUUGUGAUUCAUUAUUAAGUCAUAUAGCAUUAGAGAAAUUCUAGGUUUUCUGGUUCUAUUUUUUUCAUGGCUUUAAUAAAUUGAAUACCGCGGGUAUCACUACCGAUCGA